GUUGAUGGUGGCCGCCGUGGAAUCUCCGCUAAAAUCGGCUUUUUGGGCUGCAGGGAGAUGGGAGCAUCCCAGAGCUCACCCCAGUCCCAGGCACUGAGCCGAUCCGUGGUGGAAGAUGACGGUCCCGGUGCCCAACAGCACGGCGGUGUCGUGGGCAUGGUCAGAACCGGAGCCAGAGCUGGAGCGGUCACCCUGCCUGGUUGGCAUCGUCCCCAUCGUGUAUUACAGCGUCCUGCUGGGGCUGGGGCUGCCAGUGAACAUCCUGACUGCCGUGGCCCUGUCCCGCCUGGCCACCAGGACCAAGAAAUCGUCGUACUGGUACCUGCUGGCCGUGACCACCUCCGACAUCCUCACCCAGGUCUUCAUCAUCUUCGUGGGCUUCAUCCUGCAGACAGCCAUCCUGGCACGGGCGGUGCCCAGCGCCUUCAUCCACACCGUCAACGUGCUGGAGUUCACAGCCAACCACGCGUCCACCUGGGUCACCGUGCUGCUGACCGUGGACCGCUACGUGGCCCUGUGCCACCCCCUGCGCUACCGCGCCGUGUCCUACCCGCGGCGCACCCGCCGCAUCAUCGCCGCCGUCUUCGCCGUGGCGCUGGCCACCGGCAUCCCCUUCUACUGGUGGCUGGACAUGUGGCGUGACGCCGACCCCCCCACGGCGCUGGACACGGCGCUCAAGUGGCUGCACUGCGUCACCAGCUACUUCCUGCCCUGCGGCAUCUUCCUGGCCACCAACUCCAUCAUCAUCCGCAAGCUGAAGCGGCGGAGGCGGGCGGGGGGCGGCAAGACCACGGCGCUUCUGCUGGCCGUCACCACCGUCUUCGUCGUGCUCUGGGCUCCCCGGACCGCUGUCAUGAUGUGCCACCUCUAUGUGGCCUCGGUCAGGAGGGACUGGCGAGUGCACCUGGCUUUGGACAUCGCCAACAUGGUGGCCAUGCUCAACACCUCCCUCAACUUCUUCCUCUACUGCUUCGUCAGCCAGACCUUCCGCCGCACGGUGGGCGAGGUGCUGCGGGGACAGCCCCGGCAGGGCUCCCGCCGAGGCAGCGCUCACUUCCCACCCCCGGCCCUGAAACCGCUGAAGCUGCUGGGCAGCACCACGCUCUGAGGCAGGGCAGUGCCAGUCCUGGUGCCCACCCAGCCCCGCGCACUGCACCGGGACCCAGGGACACCCCACCCUCCACAGAGCCAGGGUUAAUGCUGGUGGUGCUGGCAGGAGGAGCUGGUUGCGCCCAGACACUCAUUUGGGGAUAUUUUGUGGUGCCUGCCUGGCAGCAGCACGCCGGGAUGGGCAGCGCAGCCCUGCCCGUGCUCAGCCCCUCACACAACGUUGGAACUCAUCCAGGGAACUCAUCCGGGACGUGCCCCAGCUCGGUGGCACCGAGGGUCCUGCAGAGCCCAGGGGCUGCCCGUGGUGAGGGGUGGAGGGCACGAGUGAGCUGCUGCGAGCCCUGACAAGGACGUGGUGCCCGCUGGGUGCCAGUCCAUAAACUGCCGUGCUGAGACCAAAACUCUGCCUGGCUCCGGCUCCCUGCGGGCAGCUGGAACAGAGGCACCAGCACCUCAGGCACAGGGUCCCUCUGCCCUGCCCA